AUGGAAGCUGAAGAGGAAGGGGCAAAAAAGCUAGCAGGAGUAAACUUGGAAAACUUGCCUCCCAACUACCAUAAUGUGUCCAACAUGGAAACCAGAAUUGGUAAUAAAACGGUUCAGACUCAUCAAGAAAUUGAUAAGGUUACAGAUAACAAAACUGGAUCCACAGUUUUUUCUGAGACAGUUAUUACAUCUAUAAAAGAUGGAGAAAACAAAAGAAAUCAUGAGUGCAUCAUUGAUGAAGACUGUGAAACAGGGAAGUAUUGCCAGUUCUCCACCUUUGAAUACAAGUGUCAGCUCUGCAAAACCCGGCGUACA